UGUUGGGUCUGCUUGUUGUUUAGUAAAUGUUGGGAAAGGAGGAGGCUUUCGAAGAUCCAUAGUCAGAUUUUGGGUUUUUGUUUCUCGAUUGAACCUGGUGUCAAUACUCAAUCUAGAUCAAGAAUCGACACUUUGUUUCACAUCCCAAAUUCAACUGUUUCCUUUGAUAUAUCGUUUACCCAUUUGCUUUCUUUGUGUCUCCCCGGCAGAUUUUAUUGUAUCUAAUAAUUGAGUUGAAAUAUUUGCCAUGAUUUAUAGUAGUAGUACACUGAAGUUAACAUUGAGAGUUUUGUCUUGCCAAGUAUGAAGUGAACUUGUCAAAAUUAAAUGGAUUCUCAAAUGGCAGCUAGCAAUCAUCCAUCUGAAAAACCUGGAGGGGCUGUAAGUGAUGCUUUAUGUAGGGAGCUAUGGCAUGCUUGUGCUGGACCUCUUGUAACCCUGCCUCGUGAAGGGGAACGUGUUUAUUAUUUCCCUGAAGGUCACAUGGAGCAGCUCGAAGCAUCAAUGCAUCAAGGUUUGGAGCAACAGAUGCCUUCUUUUAAUCUCCCAUCUAAAAUUCUGUGUAAAGUGAUCAAUAUCCAGCGCAGGGCAGAGUCAGAGACUGACGAAGUAUAUGCGCAAAUAACCUUAUUGCCAGAAGCGGAUCAAAGUGAACCUAUGAGUCCGGAUGCCCCUGUUCAAGAACCUGAAAAGUGCACAGUACAUUCAUUUUGCAAGACACUAACUGCUUCGGACACAAGCACACAUGGUGGAUUUUCUGUGCUAAGGAGACACGCAGAUGAGUGUCUUCCACCCUUGGAUAUGUCCCAACAACCACCAUGGCAAGAACUGGUUGCAACUGAUUUGCACAAUAAUGAAUGGCAUUUUAGGCACAUUUUCCGAGGCCAACCAAGGCGCCAUUUGCUAACAACUGGGUGGAGUGUUUUUGUUAGCUCGAAGAAACUAGUUGCUGGCGAUGCUUUCAUAUUCCUAAGGGGUGAGAAUGAAGAGCUCCGAGUUGGUGUUAGGCGGCACAUGAGACAACAGACUAAUAUCCCGUCCUCUGUCAUUUCAAGUCAUAGCAUGCAUAUUGGGGUCCUUGCAACUGCCGCUCAUGCCAUUACAACAGGAACAAUCUUUUCCGUCUUCUACAAGCCAAGAACAAGUAGGUCAGAGUUUAUUGUGAGCGUCAAUAGGUAUCUAGAAGCUAAGAACCAGAAGCUGUCUGUAGGCAUGCGUUUCAAGAUGAGAUUUGAGGGUGAAGAAGCUCCCGAGAAAAGGUUCAGUGGCACAAUAGUUGGUGUUCAGGAAAACAAGUCUUUGGUCUGGCAUGAUUCUGAAUGGAGAUCGCUCAAGGUUCAAUGGGACGAGCCUUCAUCUGUAUUUCGUCCUGAAAGAGUUUCACCAUGGGAACUUGAGCCCCUAGUUGCAAAUAGUACGCCUUCUUCGCAUCCUCCUCCGCAAAGGAACAAACGACCAAGACCUCCUGGUUUGCUUUCACCAACCACUGCUCCAUCUACUCCUGUUACUGCAGAUGGUGUGUGGAAAUCCCCGGCAGACAAUCCUUCCUCGGUGCCAUUGUUCUCUCCUUCUGCCAAGACGGCUACUUUUGAUAAUGGCGGGAACAAAUCAUUUGGAGUAUCCAUUGGAUCAGCCUUUUGGACCACCCAUACGGAUGAUGCAGCUGAAUCCUUUGCUUCAGCUGUGAACAAUGAGUCUCCUACUGAAAAGAAGCAAACUAAUGGAAAUGUCUGCAGGCUUUUUGGGUUUGAGCUGGUUGAAAAUGUUAAUGUGGACGAAUGUUUCUCUGCUGCCUCUGCGUCCGGUGCUGUCUCUGUAGAUCAAUCUGUCCCUUCCAAUGAGUUUGACUCCGGUCGGCAAUCUGAGCCACUAAAUGUCAACCAACCUAACAUUCCUUUGGGUAGUGGUGAUCCUGAAAAAUCCUCUCCGAGGUCUCCUCAAGAAUCGCAAAUUAGGCAGAUACGUAGCUGCACAAAGGUUCACAUGCAAGGAAGUGCAGUAGGCAGAGCGGUUGAUUUGACUAGGUUAGAGUGUUACAAAGACUUGUUCAAGAAGCUGGAAGAGAUGUUCGACAUUAAUGGUGAACUCUUACAAUCUACAAAAAAAUGGCAAGUUGUUUACGCCGAUGAUGAAGAUGACAUGAUGAUGGUUGGUGAUGAUCCGUGGAAUGAGUUCUGUGGAAUGGUGAAAAAGAUAUUUAUCUACACACCUGAGGAAGUGAAGAAACUUUCACCGAAGAACAAACUCACUGUUAAUGUUAGGAUGCAGUCCAAAACUGAUGCAGAAGAAAAUGGGAACACAGAGGGCAGGUCAUCACUGUGUUAAUGCCUAGGAAAAAAAAAAUGAAAAAAGCAGAAAGUAUUGCAAGACAGUUGAGAAAAGAGAUGACUGUGUAUAGCACCCAAGUUUUAUUGUCUUCAGGUCUUAUGAAGUCACGUAUGGUAAGCGUUUUGGGUAUUGAGUAGCUUUGUAAGGAAAGUUUGCGUUUAAGAUUUAUCUCUUGUUCUACAUCAAACCAAUGGCCAAAAAUAAAAUUAUGAAAUAAAAAAAAGUUUCCUUGUG